AUGGAUCUGAACAAUUGUACCCGAGUGACUGAAUUCGUCCUUCUUGGCUUUCCGCACAUCUCUGGAUUGAACAUCACUUUGUUUAUCGUCAUCCUCCUGCUCUACGUUUUGUCCCUCUCGGGUAAUGGUUUUAUCAUUAUCGUUGUAAGAGUCAAUCGUCAACUCCAGAAGCCCAUGUACUUCUUCCUUAGCAACCUCUCUUUCCUUGAGAUAUGGUACACCACCGUUUUAGUCCCCAAAAUGUUGACCAAUCUGCUGUCAUCCAAGACCACCAUCUGCUUCUACUGCUGCAUGGCGCAAUCCUAUUUCCACUUUCUCUUGGGCAUCACGGAAUUUUACAUCCUCACGGUCAUGUCGUUCGACUGCUAUUUGGCCAUCUGCCAGCCCUUAAGAUACCCCACCAUCAUGACUGCAGGUGUUUGCUUCCAGCUCGCCCUGACUGCCUGGUUCGGGGGCUUCUGCACCAUCCUUCUCCAGACCGUGUUGGUGGUGAGACUGCCUUUCUGCCAUUCCAACGUGGUCGACCAUUUUUAUUGUGACAUUGGGCCCGUGUUGAAAAUCUCGGGGGGGGGGGCCCUGGGCUUUCUGAUUUCGGUAGCUGUCAUCUUGACUUCCUUGCUCCUGAAUGUGAUUUCUUACACCUUCAUCAUUUCCACUAUUCUCCGCAUCCCGUCGGCCAGCGGAGGGCGGAAGGCUUUCUCCACGUGCGCCUCCCAUCUGACCGUGCUCAGCAUCUUGUACGGGGCUGUCCUUUUCAUCUAUCUGAGGCCGUCCGCGGCACGUUCCUCGUUCAACUUCAACAAAGCCGUCUCCAUGCUGAACACCGUCAUCGCCCCUGUGCUCAACCCUUUCAUCUACACCAUCAGAAACGACGAUGUCAAAACAGCGUUGAGGAAGGUGUUGCGGUCGUUGGAGGGCAAAUGGGCUUCUUCUCCAUUGUGA